UCGGAAAACCAUCAGCAUCUCUCAACACCAUACCCGCUCCAGCCAUUCCGUUUGUAGCAGAGAAGGAACCAUCAACGGAGAGCUUCACCCAACCAUGCGAUGGUUUAAUCCAGAAAAUAUGUCGGUACCUCAGCAACAGGGGAUCACUGCUGACAAUCAUCAUCCGAACAUUUCGGUUGAUGAGUUAUUGGAGGUAAUAAGAGGAGCCAAUGUCAUGCCGGUGCUCCUCAUCACUUCCAGUGAUGGACGCCUGUCGGCAGUGGCUGUGACCGGCCUUCAGAAUGUGGUGCUCAGCAAUCACGAAGUCCAUGGCUCCACUGAAAAGAGACAUCAAGAUUUUCGUGCCUGGUUGCUGCUGAUAAUGUCACUGGCUGCCACCGUCACUUUCACGGCGGGGCUCAACCCACCCGGUGGUUUCUGGGCCGCCGACGACAAGGAAAAAGGGUACGUUGCUGGUAUCUCAGUUCUGCGUGACAAAUUUCCCACGAGAUACAACAUAUUUGAGACCAGCAACACGUUUGCCUUCUGCCUGUCCUUGAUGACCAUUGGAACGCUUGCUACAAAGUUCGAUAACCAGAAGGCCGCCGCUGCCUUCAGAUCUUACGUUUGCCCAGGUCUUGUUAGUUUUUGUUUUCUGUUGUUGGGGAUUAGUUACAUCAGCGGCACGUGGGAGAGCCAAACACGAGGUAUCCUCGCGCCGAAGCGGCGAGCAAACCCCAGAUGCAAAUACAAAUAAUUCGUAAGGAAAAAGAUGCUACGGAGGGAGCAACAGCAAGCAUCCUUGCAGGUUCGACAGCAUGCAACCCUGCAAACUCAUUUUCUCGUGAAGAAAAAAUGAUUGAUUAUGUUAUUUGUAUGCCUAAGAGGCAAUUACUGGUGUUCGUCUGACUCCGGUUUUGUGCUUGUAAUUAUACUAGGGGUGUGUUUGGUUGGGGAACGAAGUGCAAUGUAAUUAACUUAAUGGUUCCA